AUGGCUAUGUUGGCAUCCUUUCUCUCCCUUGCUUCUCUUUACCUCAUCUUUGCAAAUGGCGUUCACUCUUUUGAAGAGAAGACCUUCAACGUCAAAAAGUUGCAGAGAAAACAGCAACAUGGUACUAUCCCGGGCUGCCUGCUCCCGGAAUCAAGAAGAGAGAAAGGAGCUAUUAUACUAGAAAUGAAGGACAGAGGUCACUGCUUAGAGAAAAACACUGAUUGGAAUAGAAGGCAUAAGAAACAGUUGGUGAUGGAUGGUCUACUUGUUCGUUCAAUUCAAAACCAAUUUCGAAAAAUGGUCUCUAGCCAAAUUGCAGAUGCCUCGGAAGCUCAAGUUCCAUUAACUUCUGGUAUAAAAUUACAAACAUUAAACUACAUUGUGACUAUGGGAUUGGGUGGCCAGAACAUGACCAUGAUAGUUGACACCGGAAGCGACUUAACAUGGGUCCAAUGUGAGCCUUGCGAGUCAUGUUAUAAUCAACAAGGACCUUUAUUCAAGCCUUCUACCUCCCCUUCCUAUCAAUCAAUUCUGUGCAAUUCAACAACUUGUCAAUCUCUCCCAUUUGCUACAGGAAAUUCAGGAGCAUGUGGAAGCAAUUCAUCAACUUGUGACUAUGUGGUUAACUAUGGUGAUGGGUCCUAUACUACUGGUGAAUUGGGAGUUGAGCACCUCAGUUUUGGAGGUAUUUCAGUGAGUAAUUUUGUGUUUGGUUGUGGUAGGAACAACAAAGGUCUAUUUGGAGGAACCUCAGGUCUAAUAGGCUUGGGAAGAAGUGACCUCUCAGUGAUAUCUCAAACUAAAGCUACAUUUGGAGGAGUUUUUUCUUACUGUUUACCUUCAACAGAUGCUGAAGCUUCUGGAUCAUUAGUUAUAGGUAAUGAGUCUGCAGUUUUCAAAAAUGUUACUCCCAUUGCUUACACUAGGAUGCUUCCUAAUCCACAGUUAUCCAACUUUUAUAUACUCAAUCUCACUGGGAUAAAUGUUGGAGGUGUGGCUAUGCAAGCUUCAGGUUUUGGGAAUGGUGGGAUACUACUUGAUUCAGGGACAGUGAUUACGAGACUAGCUCCAUCUGUCUACAAGGCUGUGAAGGAAGAGUUCACGAAACAGUUUUCUGGUUUCCCUUCAGCACCAGGGUUUUCAAUAUUGGAUACAUGCUUUAAUCUCACUGGUUAUCAGGAAGUGAACAUACCAACCAUAAGGAUGUAUUUUGAGGACAAUGCUGAGUUGAAUGUGGAUGUAACUGGCAUAUUCUAUUUGGUAAAAAAGGAUGCUUCGCUAGUUUGUUUGGCACUUGCAAGUCUUUCUGAUGAAUAUGAAAUCGGCAUUGUUGGGAAUUAUCAGCAGAGGAAUCAAAGGGUAAUAUAUGAUACCAAACAAUCUAAGGUGGGAUUUGCUGGUGAGCCUUGCAGUUUCACUUGA